AUGGCUAAUGCGAUAAUUGAUGUCACAAAAAACGGCUUGUCGCAGUACCGCGCCGCCCAAAAGUAUGACAUACCUCAGCAGUCUAUUUCCGACAGACUCAAAGGCCAGGUAGCCCUGGCUGAUCAGAUCCAGCCUCGUCAACUCUUGAGUAAGUCUCAGGAAGCUCGCUUGGUUUCUUGGAUCCUCCGCCAAGAGUCUCUCGGCUAUGCUCCCUCCCACAGUCAGAUCCGCGCAUGUGUGGAGGCUCUUAUGAAGCAACUGAACAACGAGCGGACAGUGGGGCGCAACUGGGUCUCUAAAUUCAUCAAUCGCCAUCCGGACAUCAAGAACAAGCGUGGGAGACGUCAGGAAGCUAACCGAUUUAAUGCUUUUACGCCUCGUGCGGUUCACUGGUUCUUCGAUAUCAGGAAAAGGAGUUUGGAUAGUCUUGUGGUUGGGAGUGCAGACCCAAAACGGAAGGCCCUUCUGAAAGGGCCACAGUCCCGCAACUGGACCUCAUUUAUUGAAGCUAUCACCGCGGACGGCCGUGUCCUUACCCCUGGCAUUAUCUUUAAGGGCAAAGAACUUCAGAAACAGUGGUUCUUGACGGAAUUCGGCAAAAUAGCCGACUGGCAUUACAUAACGUCGCCCAACGGAUGGACGGACAACCAUAUCGCUAUUGAGUGGCUUGAGAGGUCUAUUUGCCCCAGACGCGACCAGCCGAUGCCUCAGAUGCUAGACUGA